AUGCCCAAAGGAAAGAAAGGCGCGUCGUCGGCGAAGAACAAGCCCGCUGUCUCCAUUCCCAAGCGUGGCGAGUCCAAAUCGUCUGCCAGUUCUUCUCAAUCAAGUCCCGUCGAGCCCAAGACUCCUGCCGAUGAGGGAAUCGAAUUUUUUCAGUCGAGCGUGGUUGGCGAGAAGCCCAUCCAAGUUUACGAGCUUGUCCUCGACCCCGAUGGUGGACCUGCCAAGGACCGCUCAUACAUUCGACUCCCACCUGCCUACAAUCCUUACAUUCUGCGCGUUUCGAUUGACGCUGGCACGCCUGCUUCUAGAAAUGGUGUUUUCAAGACCAACUUCCCCCUCGAUGGUGGCAAGUUUGGUCGAGACAAAUUCACGGAGCGCAAGCUCCCCACCGACUUUUCCAAACCGAUUCAGGUCGAUCUGCCCAUUUCUCAUGCUGGAGCAUUCGUUUUCUGGGUCGAGCAUGAUGGCAAUACUCCUGGGGAGCGCGUGAAAGGCCGUGAGGGCUACUUCAAUAUUGACCCCAUCCUGCGAGUAAAGUCGCGCAGCCCUGUUCUUCCCGAUGGCAAACCAACAUCCAAACCGUUCGUUGUUGACAAGUCCGACGUAGAUCUUGCUAUGGACGGCCUUUCUAUCCUCACUGUCGUGUCGAAAUGGAUGGGUCCUAUUUCCGAAUGGUCCCAGUUCUUUGACGAGGCCAAGGACCGAGGCUACACUAUGCUCCAUUACCCGCCCCUUCAAGAACGCGGACACAGCGACAGCCCUUAUUCUAUCCGCAAUCAGCUCAAAUACGAGCCAUCGAUGUUUGGAGAUGGCCGUAAAGAAGAUGGUGGAAAGGCUCAAAUAGAAGCGAUCUUAAAGGUCGCUAAAGAACAAUAUGGCUUGCUCAGCUUGACCGACGUCGUUCUGAACCAUACUGCUGACGACAGCGCCUGGUUGGUAGACCAUCCCGAGGCUGGUUUCAGUCCCGCAAACUCGCCUCAUUUGACGCCUGCGCAUGAACUCGAUUCGGCGAUCAUCCAGCUAUCUAGCGAGCUUGCGUCAAAAAAUCUUCCUACCACAAUCAGUUCAGCCAAUGAUUUGGAUGCCCUCACGAAUGCGAUUCAAAGCGUCGUCAACGAUCUCAAUCUCUGGCAGUACUACGUUUUAGACGUUGCCCGCGAGAAAGACUCCAUCAAGGCAGCAUUGACGUCAAAGAAGAUUACUCAAUGGGAUGGACCCUCCGUUGCUGGUCGCACUGUUGUCGAAAUUGCAGAGAUUUUGCGUGCCUCCGGAAAGAUCCAAGGGCUUGGAAAGUACGCCUCCCGCUUCAGUGUCAAUGUGGACCCAGGAGUAUCCGCUGGCAUAGUACAGGCGGCCUUUGUCGAGCUCUCGGAGACUCCGGCGCUGGUUGACGCAUGGGCAAGGAUCGUCGAUGUAAUCAACGUUCCCCUCUAUCAGGAAUUCGACGACGACAAGAAAGCAGCAGUCGAAAACAUCAAGAAUCGUUUGAAGUAUACGCGUCUUGACGAGCAUGGUCCCAAACUUGGCGUCAUUUCCAAGUCCUCUCCCCUUGUCGAGCCUUAUUUCACGCGCCUUACGCCAUCCAAAUCCAACUCAGACCCGCUUGUAUACUCCCUCGCAAAUAAUGGCUGGAUAUGGAAUGCGGAUCCUCUCCAGAACUUCGCGGAGCUUCCUUCCAAGUCUUAUCUUCGUCGAGAAGUAAUCGUUUGGGGAGACUGCGUCAAAUUGCGUUAUGGUUCAGGACCCAAGGACAACCCAUGGCUCUGGUCUCACAUGUCAACUUACGUGGAGUCUCUUGCUGCAACUUUCGAUGGGUUCCGCAUUGAUAACUGUCACUCAACUCCGCUUCAUGUUGGUGUUGCGAUGCUCGACGCGGCUCGGGUUGUCAACCCAAACCUAUAUGUUUGCGCUGAACUGUUCACCGGUAAUGAGGAGAUGGAUCUGGUCUUUGUCAAGAAAUUGGGAAUCAAUAGCUUGAUUCGAGAGAGCGGGAAUGGUUGGGACCCCAAAGAGUUAUCGCGCCUUAUCUAUCGCCAUGGUGUUGGCAAACCCAUUGGUUCUAUGGAUGCCGCGACAUUGACUCGGACGGAAGAAAUACCCUCCCCGACAGGGAAGGGACCAGUCCGUCCCUGUGUGGUCAUUCCUCUCAACGGCUCAGCUCCUCAUGCACUCCUAUACGACUUGACUCACGAUAACGAAACAUAUCUUGACAAAAGAUCUGCAGAAGAUGCACUUUCGACUGGUGCCCUGGUCACGUUCAGUUACUCCGCCGUCGGUUCUGUCAAGGGUUUCGACGACCUCUAUCCCAAACUUCUCGAUCUCGUCGGUGAAAAGCGACGAUACGAGUUGACUGGUCUCGGGGACAAUAGCGGCAUUGCCCGGAUGAAGCAUACUUUGAACGGACUGCAUAUGGAGAUGGUUCGCGAGGGUUACACCGAGGGACAUGUUCAUCAAGAAAACGACUACAUAGUCGUCCACCGCGUUCAGCCCGAAACACAGAAGGGAUACCUUCUCGUGGCUCAUACGGCAUUCAGCAAGGGUUCCAAAGACCGUGGUUACAUUAACCCCAUGAAACUGCGGGGGACAACUGCCAAGUUCGUUCUCGGAUAUACGAUCGAUUUCUCGUCAUACGAAGUGCCAAAGGACUCACCUACUCUUUGUGGAAUGAAGGCUACCCUGGUGGAUAUGCCCUCAGUCAUCGUUCCCCAGGGACUUGAUAGCGAGGGUCCAUAUACGGAAGUCACGGUCCCCGAGUACUUCCCCCCUGGUUCUAUCAUGCUUUUUGCAACCAAAAUGCAUGACUACGACGCGUCUCUCGAUAGCUUCUGCACUUCUGGUGCUAUGGAGGCGUUUUCGAACUUGGAUCUCAUUGACCUGAACGUGACACUCUAUCGGGCCGACUCGGAAGAGCGCGACGCCACUAGUGGCGAAUUUGGAGUGUAUGACGUGCCCGGACUGGGUAAAAACGUUUAUGCUGGUCUUGAGGGGUGGAUGCAUCCGCUGCGACAUAUCAUGCGUUACAAUGACCUUGGACAUCCCCUUUGUGCACAUCUACGUGAAGGAGCGUGGGCAUUUGACUACGUCAAUCAACGCCUCCUCAAGCAGUCUGCAACCCUUCCACGACUCGUCAAGCCUGCAGAGUGGCUGAAAGAACGCUCUGAUCGCAUCAAGGAUCACGUGCCUCCUCAUCUUCGGCCGAAAUAUUUCGCACUCAUCAUCUCAGAGGCUUACAAGGCUGCACGAACUGCUGUAAUUGAGCAGUCUUCUCAAUUUGUUUCGAGCGGGCAUGCGUUUACCCAAGACCUGGCUAUGUGUGCGGUCCAAAUGCAUGGUCUUGUCCAAUCAGCGUCGCUUGAUCCUGGCAAUCCAACGCCAUCUCUCGCGGCUGGACUUCCUCAUUUUGCUACAAACUGGGCUCGUUGCUGGGGCAGAGACGUAUUCAUUUCGUUGCGCGGGCUUCUGUUGGUUACUGGGAACUUCGAGGGUGCCAAGAAGCACAUUUUGGCAUUUGCGAGCACACUGAAGCACGGUUUGAUUCCGAACCUGCUCGAUUCUGUUCGCAAUCCAAGAUAUAAUUCUCGUGACUCGCCUUGGUGGAUGCUGCAAAAUGUUCAGGAUUACGUCAACUCGGCUCCAGACGGCCUCGCAAUUCUCUCUGAACUUGUAAAGCGGCGUUUCCCGCAAGACGACACCUGGGUUGCGUGGAACGAUCCUCAGGCUUACGCGUAUUCAAGUACCAUCGCUGAGAUAAUCCAAGAAAUUCUGCAGCGCCAUGCUCAGGGAAUUCACUUCCGUGAAUACAACGCCGGUUCCAACCUCGAUAUGCAGAUGAACCCUGAAGGCUUCAACAUCGACAUUGAUGUGGAUUGGAAGACGGGCUUGAUUUCUGGCGGCAAUGCUCAUAACUGCGGCACUUGGAUGGACAAGAUGGGUGAAUCCGUUAAGGCUGGCACCAAGGGCGUUCCAGGAACUCCGCGAGAUGGCGCGCCAGUCGAAAUCACCGGUCUUCUGAAGAGUACCCUUCGUUGGCUCGAUGGCUUGUCGUCCUCUGGCAAGUUCCCCUUCAAAGGUGUUAAAGCGAUAAUCGACGGGAAGGAGCGCAUGGUCUCGUACAAGGAAUGGUCGGAUUUGAUUCAAGCCUCGUUCGAAAAAUGCUACUACAUUCCAACCGAUGCAUCCAAAGACUCCAAUUACAAUCUCGACCCGAAGCUGGUCAACCGUCGUGGUAUCUAUAAGGACGUUUAUGGGUCGGGUGCUGGGCGGGAAUGGUCGGAUUACCAACUUCGACCCAACUUCCCGAUUGCGAUGACUGUUGCUCCCGAGCUCUUUGAUGUUGAGCACGCUGUUGGUGCACUCGAUAUUGCGGACAAGCUGCUUCGUGACCCGCUUGGAAUGAAAACUUUGGAUUCAUCCGACCAUCAAUACCGGCCCAACUACGACAAUUCGAACGACUCCAAUGACGCGUCUAUCGCCAAAGGCUUCAAUUAUCACCGUGGACCUCCGUGGAUGUGGCCUAUGGGUUACUUCUUGCGCGCGUCGCUUCAUUUCGACCAAAAGGCUGGACGGAACCUGCAAGAGACGCUUCACCGUCUGCACGAAAAACUGUUGCCUGCCCGUAAACAGAUCCGCGACUCGCCGUGGGCCGGAUUGCCCGAACUUACGAACGAGAAUGGUGCUUAUUGUGGUGAUGCUUGUCCCACGCAGGCUUGGAGCGCGAGUACGAUGUUGGACUUUUUGGAGGAGGUGCAUAAAAUCGGAAAGCUCAAGGACUGCCAACUCAUUUCUGAAGAACAAGUAAAGCGGCUGUGUUUCAAGGCGCGGGAGAUUUUGCUGGAGGAAGGCAAUGUGCAGCACAUCGACUCGCCAGUGACCAUCUGUGGGGACAUCCAUGGCCAGUUUUAUGACCUGAUGGAGCUGUUCACGGUUGGCGGGUUCUGCCCGGAUACCAACUACCUCUUCAUGGGGGACUUUGUCGACCGCGGCUUCUUCAGCGUGGAGACAUUUCUGCUGUUGCUGGCCCUCAAGGUGCGGUAUCCAGAGCGCAUAACGCUAAUCCGCGGGAACCACGAGUCGCGACAAAUAACGCAAGUGUAUGGCUUCUACGACGAGUGUCAGCGGAAGUACGGGGGGAGCAAUGUGUGGCGGUGGUGCUGCGAGGUGUUUGACUACCUUGCGCUGGGUGCGAUUGUCGACGGGCGGGUGUUUGGGGUGCAUGGCGGGCUGAGCCCGAAUCUGCACAGUAUCGACCAAAUUCGGGCUAUUGACAGGAAACAAGAAGUCCCACACGACGGGCCGAUGUGUGACCUGCUCUGGUCAGACCCGGACGACAUCCAAGGCUGGGGCCUCUCUCCGCGGGGCGCGGGCUACCUCUUUGGCGCAGACAUCACGAAACAGUUCGCCCACAACAACGCGCUGGACCUGAUUGCCCGCGCCCACCAGCUCGCGAUGGAGGGCUACAAGCUCAUGUUCGACAAGACAAUCGUCACUGUGUGGAGUGCGCCGAAUUACUGCUACCGCUGCGGCAAUGUCGCGUCGAUAUUAGAGCUGGACGAGUAUUUGGGGCAGGAAUAUAAGGUGUUUUCGGCGGCACCAAUUGGACCCAGCAGUACCCCAGCAAAGAGGCCGCCAGCAGAUUACUUCUUGUAG